AUGCCCGAUCACGCCGGCACGGCCGCUGCGGCGCCGCCCCAGCACCAGUCGAACCCCACCCCGCCAAAGGAGCUCUAUCCCAUGGUCAACUGGAAGUAUGAUCUCUUCCUUUGGGUUUUGGGUGUUCUCGUCGACCUCUUCUUCCGCGAAGUCCAUCCCCGCGGCUCCUGGAAGGUCCCCAAAACUGGCCCCGUCCUCUUCGUCGCCGCACCUCACGCCAACCAGUUCGUCGAUGCUCUGAUCCUACAGCGCACCCUCCGCCACGAAGCCGGUCGCCGAGUUUCCCUGCUUAUCGCCCAGAAGUCUGUCCAUGGAUUCAUCGGCUGGGGUUCGCGCCAAGUCGGCUCUGUUCCCGUCGGCCGCGCCCAGGAUGCCGCCAAGCCCGGCUCCGGUGUCAUCUACCUCCCCGACCCCAUCAACGACCCUACACUGAUCCGUGGUGUCGGCACCAAGUUCGGCCAGGGCGAGGGUGAGGUUAGUGGUAUGCUGUUCCUGCCGUCUGUCAAGAAGCAGACCGGCGCCAGCGUCGACAUUGCUCAGAUUAUUGGUCCCGAGGAAAUCCGCAUCAAGCGUCCUUUCAAGGGCAAGGUCCCGCUGGAGCAGCUGACCGGCCGCGACGACAUUGACGAGAAUGGAAACUUCACCAACAAGAACAUCAAGGGUCGCAAGGAGGGCUUCCAGGGAACCAAGUACAAGCUCGCCCCCCACAUUGACCAGACCAAGGUGUACGAGGCCGUCUUCGACCGUCUUAGGUCAGGAGGCUGUGUCGGCAUCUUCCCCGAGGGUGGUAGCCACGACCGAACCGAGCUUCUCCCCCUCAAGGCUGGUGUUGCUAUUAUGGCUCUCGGUGCCCUCGCUGAGUCUCCUGAUUGUGGUCUCAAGAUUGUGCCCGUUGGCAUGAACUACUUCCACGCGCACAAGUUCCGUAGCCGCGCCGUCGUCGAAUUCGGCCCGCCGUUCGAGGUCCCCCCGCACCUGGUCGAGAUGUACAAGAACAAUCAGAGAAGAGAGGCCAUCGGCCAGCUCCUCGACACCGUCUACCAGGCAUUGAGCUCCGUAACCGUUUCCACCCCCGACUACGACACCCUUAUGAUGCUCCAGGCCGCCCGACGCCUCUACAACCCUACCGGAAAGAAGCUGCCGCUGCCUGUUGUUGUCGAGCUCAACCGAAGGCUGGCCAUGGGAUACGAGCGCUACAAGGACGACGCGCGCAUUGUCGACGUCAUCAAGGCCGUCAAGGAGUACAACAAGCAGCUGCGCUACGUCAACCUCCGCGACCACCAGGUCCAGUACGCAAAGAUGUCUAUCCCCAAGGUCAUUUUCACGCUGCUCUACCGUGUCGCAAAGCUUUUGGUCCUCCUUAUCGGUGUCCUCCCGGGACUCAUCCUCUUCGCCCCCGUCUUCAUCGCCUCCAAGGCCAUCAGCAUCCGAAAGGCGCGUCAGGCCCUGGCUGCUUCGACCGUCAAGAUCCAGGGACGCGACGUCAUGGCUACGUGGAAGCUUCUCGUUGCCAUCUUCGUCGCGCCGACACUGUACCAUUUUUACUCGGCCAUUGUCACGUACAAGGUCUGGAAGGACCACCUCUGGGGCUACGUUCCCGAGUGGGUGCCAUGGUGGUCGACUUACCUCGUCAUGUGGCCUCUGAUGGUGGGUAUCACUUUCGCUGCCCUUAGGUUCGGCGAGGUCGGUAUGGACAUCUUCAAGUCCCUGAGACCUCUGGUGUUGUGCCUGAACCCCGCAUCCAGCUACAACAUCCAGCAGCUCCGUGCGAAGCGGGCGGAGCUCAGCGUCCAGGUCACGGAGCUCAUUAACACCCUCGGACCCGAGAUGUUCCCCGACUUUGAGAAGACGAGACUGGUGGCCGACGCGUACAAGGGCGAUGGCUACUCCCGGCCGCGUACGCCUCCCGCCCGCCGGGACAGCGACGCAUCCAGCGCGUACGAGGCGGCGACGCCGCCGUCCAUCUCCAGGCGGGCAACGACACAGUCCAGCCGGGGUCUCCCUCGCAACGAGUCUUACAGCAACAUUGGUGGCGUGGGCAUCUUCUCCACGCGGCCGCCUUCCCGAUCCAGGAGUCGGAGCAGCAGCAGCGGAGGCGGGCUCAACUCGGGCGGCUUCCCGAUCAGCGGGUUCACUACACUGGACUCUGCGGGCGGGUUUGACGAGGCGAGCAGAAAGAUUCGCGAAGCCAUGAAGCUGCGCCGGCGGAAGAGCGGCGACCACAGAAUGGAGCUGGGGGCGGACGAGAGCGAGGAGGAGGAGUACAACGAGGCACGCAAGAAGAACACAUGA